GAGCGGAGAUGUCGACACUGAGUGACGAGGAGCAGGAGCUGAUCCAAAAGGACCGCGAGGCCAACCCUGGCUGCUUCUACUCGACGGCACUGUCGCAGUCCUGCAGGUCCAUUAACGGCGACAGUAAGUGCGAGAUCAUUAAGAAAAUCUUCCGCCAAUGCCCCAACGCUCGCAAGGAGCUCAUCUCGAACCGCAAGGAGAUCACAGAGGACGAACACGGGGGCGAGGCCACGACUGGAGAAUUUUUUAACAGGGAGAGGAUGGACCCGCGUAAAAGUGGUGAACAGGAAUUUGGCACUUUUUUCCAGCAACGAGGUGACGACUUCGAAGCACAGAUGAGUCCAUUCGACUUUUUACGACAAGAAAUGCUGCGGCCGUUUGAAGAUUUCUUUGGUGGCGGCUUGUGGAGAAGCGACUCGAACCCGUUUGAAGGUUUAGAGCGUGAGUUUGAGCGGAUGCCGGUGCGUCCGCCGUCCCCGACGCCACAUCGACCAUCGCGACAGACGCCGUCGAACCCGCCACACUACUCGUUCCAGCCUUCACAAGGCAAAACUAAUGAAGCCGACGCAAAAGCACGUGCACAGGGCAAGAGUGACCUGUUUGCAGACUACUCAGGCCGCGUUGAUGAAAUAUAGGCAUUUCUUGCUAGAAAACGGGAACGGUAAACAGGAAGGGACCGUUGAAUAGACCGCCUUUCGUAUGAC